AUGUGGAUCAUGCAGCUGACGAGGUUCAUGAGUAGCCUCAAGAGGCAGUUACUGAUGAUGUACGUGCUAAUGCCCAGGGUUUUCCAAGAACGUCCUGAGUUGAAGUUGUCCUCUCAUGUAAGGAAAGUACAAAAAUUUGGAAGGUCUGCUCUAGAGAUUGAAGGCAUAGUGGUUGCCACAGGAUUAAGUCAUCUAAUUUCAUGUUCCUUGGACACUGGUGACAUGGGACUUAUAUUUGCUUUUGCGGAUAAGUGGCAUAAGGAAACUAGUAGUUUCCAUCUUUUGGUAGGAGAGGUCACUAUCACGCUCAAUGAUGUGGCAUCGUUCCUACACUUGCCCAUUACAGGCGCCUUCCAUACCUUUAAUGCUCUUCAUGUAGACCAAGCCAUGGACUUGUUAGUUGAGUUGCUUAAAGUCAGUACACAAGAAGCAAAAGAUGACACAUUUCAAUGCCAUGGGGCAUAUUUUUGCCUAGCCUGGCUACGAGACAUUUAUCGUAGCAAAUGUGAUCCGGGACAGUGGACCGUAGCAGCUCGAGCAUAUCUUUUGUAUCUAGUAGGUUGCACAUUGUUUUCUAACAAGAGUGUCACACACGUGCCUGUGAUAUUCUUGUAUGCAUUUCGUGACCUCGGCCAAAUUGGAAGCUACUCAUGGGGAGCGGCUGCACUGGUCCAUAUGUAUGAGAAUUUGAAUGAUGCGUCAAAGAAAACUGUCAAGCAACUUGUAGGAUAUAUCACACUGCUACAUUGUUGGAUCUACAAGUAUUUUCCUACUGUUGCUUUGUGUGUUGCUGAUGAGGAUUAUCAUGAAAAGAAACCACGUGGUUGUUGUUGGAAGUUUGGGAAGGCAUUACCGGUGUCAACGUAUCAUAAGUGGUUGGAUAGAUUGAUGUCCGGCACUGUGUGUUGGAUUCCUUAUGGUGACCACCAUGCAUUCAGAGAAUUUGAGUUGAUCUCCUUAUUUUUUGGACAAAUCAGAUGGGGUCAAUCUAUUGUGAUACAAUGA